UUUAACAUGUUCAAAUACGCGGUUGUCAUCUGCGCUCUGAUUGCAUGCGUCGCCGCCAAGCCUGGUUUGUUGCAUGCCCCAUUGGCAGCGCCCGCCGCUGUAUUUGCUGCACCUGCUCCAGUGGUGACCGCCACCAGCAGCCAAGUGGUGGCCAGGACCUUCAAUGGCAUCGCUCAUGCGCCCGUGAUUGCUCCAGUGCCAGUCCCAGUUGCUGCUCCACUUGUGCGUGCCGUCGCUCCAGUUGCUGCUCCAGUUGCCUUUGCUGCUCCUGCGCCCAUUGUGCAACAUGUUGCUACUCCAUUGGCUGCCCCACUGCCUGCACACUACGCUCAUCCCUUUGCCGCAGCCCCCGUCGUUGCCAGAUACAGUGCUCCCUUUGCUUAUCCCUACAACACACCACUGAGCUACGCUGCCGCUCCAGCCCCUGUUCUGGUCUAA